UCCCGCAACGCUUUAUGCUGGCGCGCUCUUUCCUUUGCCCGGGCGGCGUAUCAUCAUGGGCAGUAAGAUGGCGGCCGCCAGUAGGGUCGUUCAAGUAGUCAAACCACAUACACCACUGAUUAAGUUUCCAGACAGAAAAAGUACUCCAAAACCUAAAAUGCACGACUCUCUACAAUCAAGAGUGCCUCCACUUCAUGGGAUAGCCUCGCAGUUUUCUUCAGAAAACAAAGCACCAUCUUCUCAAAAUACUUUAUUUACUGGUAGAAUACAAGGUAUACCUGACACAGCAGAAUUAAUAAGAACUUUACCUCAAAAAUACAGGAGGAAACCUAUGUCAGUCGAAGAGAUGGAAUACAUUCAACGUGGAGGUCCAGAAUAAGGUGGAGCAUUGUGCAGUUUGUAACUGCUGAAUAACACAUCGUUGUACUUACAAUAAAGUCCUUCUUCACUUUCUCUCUCUCUGGAUAUUAAAGGAAGUCAAAGGAAAGUUUUUUCCAAAGUGCUUUUGUGAGAGACUAAAAAGUAAUCGCUUUAGAAAGUGGUUAUGUCUCAUUCAAAGAUAAUUAUGUUUCAGGUAACCAGAAGCAUCCACUUUAAUUGCCUGAUGAAAUUUAUUUUUUCAUUCUAUUCAGUAUAGUUUCUUUGUCUCUUAUACUUGCUAUUGAUACACUAAUAAUUAAAAAUAGCUACUAUUAAAAUGACAGUAAUAGCCUGAAUAGAACCAUGUUGUUUUCAGAGUUUGAACAAUGCAGGAUUAGUUCCUUCCGGCAAGUAGCAUGUCCUU